UCUCCGACGGUACCGGAGCGACAGCUAGUACGCGUUAGAUUCGCCAUCAAGUUAGGUGUUUGUCCGUUUCCGUUCGUUAGCAAGCGGUUGUUGACAGGCACACGUAUGCGACGGUAACGGUGGCCAGUGAGGGUGAUGAGGGCAAGGUGAAAAACAUUAAAGGUGCUAACGGUGGAACGAACGUACGAAUUCGACAGGAAUAGUGAGAGUGAUCCACAGUAAAGCGAGACGAAGGGGGCGCGUCCGAUAAAACCCAAAACCAGACAGACGAAAAGAAAGAUCAAAAUCACCAGGAAGGUGUUAACAUUAAGUAUCAAUAAAACAUUUGCUACGCAGCGCACUCGGCGCCCGCCAUACAGCGGACAUAACAACCACCGGGAGAAUAGGCAUCAGAAUCAGAGGCAAGAUAGCUGGAUAAACAAACCGUCGAAGGAUGGACGUUCUAACGACGACAACAGAGCGCUUGGCCGAAACACUAGCGUCCGUCGGUGCAAACGGAACGCUUACGCUGAACCCCUUCCAAGAUGGCAACGAGCAUGCCGAUCACGACGAUGAAGAUUCGCCAACGAUAGCCAAAGUGACCUCGAUGGUGGUACUGUUCAGUGUCAGCAUGGUGUGCGGCCUGGUACCGUUCAAGUUGGUGCGCUGGUUUAAUCUGAAUCCAUCCUCCCCGUCCGGUGGCACACAUUUGUUCCUGAUCCGGCUGCUGCUAUCGUUCGGCGGUGGUGCCCUGCUCAGUACCACCUUUCUGCAUCUGCUGCCAGAGAUUAACCACUCGAUCACCGAGUUGGUCGAAACCGGUGCACUGCCCGAACCGGACGAUCUACCCUUUCCGCUCGGUGAAUUCCUGCUGACGAGCGGGUUCUUCAUGAUCUAUCUCAUCGAGGAGCUGGUGCACUGGUGGAUGCAUCGCCGUUCGGCAAAUGCCCGUGCUGCCAAAGCCAAAAAGAGUGCGGCCGGUGGAAUGAACUACGAGGCUCACUCCAAACAUGAGCUAGCGCAUGGACAUUCACAUGCCGGUAACAUUACCGCCGUCUACCCGGUGUCCGAUAUCGAUGGAACUCCGACCGCAGUACCGAUCGAUGUCCCGGCACCAGCAGCGUCCAACGCGAACGGACCACUCCGCGGACUGCUGAUUGUGCUUGCCCUCUCCAUUCACGAACUAUUCGAAGGGUUGGCAGUCGGACUGGAACGGUCCCCAUCAGCCGUGUGGUUACUGUUCGGGGCCGUCGCCUCGCACAAGUUCGUGAUCGCCUUCUGUGUUGCAUUCGAGCUGCUGGUAGCGGCCGUACAGUUCCGCAUUGCCGUCGCGUACAUAUUCGUCUACUCGGUGGUCAGCCCGCUCGGUAUCGGCAUCGGGAUCGCGCUCAGCUCCGUCAGUUCCGACACGAACCAAACGAUCGAGGUCGUGUCGGUGAUACUGCAGGGUCUGGCCAGCGGCACGCUGAUCUACGUGAUCUUCUUCGAGAUUCUGGCGAAAGAUGCCGGCCACAGUCACGGGGGUGGCGGUGGCGGUGAUAACGAUGGACAGCAAGGGCACGAUCAUCAGCAUUCGGUGUCGCCCACGAACGGACUGUGGCAGUUCUUGGCCGUGCUGGCCGGGUUUGGUCUGCUGCUUGGCAUCAAGGCCGCAACCGGACACAGCCAUAGUCAUAGUCACGGAGGAGGUGACGAUCACGAUCAUGACCAUUAACCGUAUGGAAGCCACGAAGAACGGGGUGUAGAUUGUCUUAACUUAAUGCCAUGCUGUGUUUUACCUAAAAGAACGAACGAAUGCGAUUGAAAAGUUUAUAUUUGUAUUAUAUAAAACACACGAUAUGAUAUUGUAUAAAUUGUAGAUAUAGUAAGAGGACAUUGUAAGCCUGUUAGUAAUUUGAUGUAUAAGUGUGCCUAACCGAUUGGUGUAAUAAUCAACAAUGUGAUACAAUUAAUUAGGACACAAAUACAUACCACGAAUACGAUCGUACAGCUGUGAAAUAACGCACCACAAGAUAUUAUUGAGAAAAAAACAGCCUCAAGUACAUCAGGAUUAGCACAAUUGACUAGCAAAUUUGUUUUUAUUGAAAUA